AAUUUGUACAUAACGCACGCAGGAUCGUGUCCUCGUACAUUUUUAGGUAGUAGAUAACGAGAAAAGUGCAAUAAAAAUAAAAAUAAAGCCACUUUACAAACAUGGCAAACACAGCAAAUUUUUUGCGUCGACAGAGCUCGAGAGAUAUGCACCAACAGACAACAGCUAAAACAUUGGAUAAUUUAGAGUUGAAGGAGUUAAAAGGUCGUUUGGUAAAGUCGGAUCGCAAUACAAAAUCCUCCUUAUAUGGCGCCACAAAUCCCGGAUUCUUCUCGGAAGACAGUCCAACGACAGAGCAACCGACACGCACAACCGCAACAACAGUUCCCAUCGGCCCUCCAAUUGACGACGACGAAAAUGGCUCGGCGCCCGACAAACCCGAAGAGGAACGCGAAAGCUGGGACAGCAAAAUCAUGUUCCUCCUUGCGACAAUCGGAUAUGCCGUUGGUUUGGGCAACGUUUGGCGUUUCCCCUAUUUGGCGCAGAAAAAUGGCGGCGGAGCAUUUUUGGUGCCAUAUUUCAUCAUGUUGGCAAUUCAAGGAAUCCCGAUUUUCUAUCUGGAGCUGGCGAUCGGGCAACGGUUACGGAAAGGAGCGAUUGGUGUGUGGCACGAGGUUUCGCCAUGGCUUGGAGGUAUUGGGAUCUCGUCGGCGAUCGUGAGCUUCAUCGUAGCAUUAUACUAUAAUACAAUAAUUGCAUGGUGCCUAAUAUACUUGUUUCAUAGUUUUGAAUCGCCAUUGCCGUGGUCCGAGUGCCCGAAGCGAUUCUACAAAAACUUUACUUAUGAUCUUGAGCCGGAGUGUACGAGUUCAUCACCCACACAAUAUUAUUGGUAUCGUUCAACGUUGUUGUCGUCACCCAGUGUAAAUGAUCCCGUAGAAUUUAAUUAUGUCAUGGCAUUCUCGCUGAUUAUUGCGUGGAGUCUCGUUUACCUUUGCAUGGUUCAAGGUUUGACGUCGUCUGGAAAAAUUGUCUACAUUACCGCAUUGUUUCCGUAUGUCGUGCUCGUCAUAUUUUUCCUGCGUGGAAUUACUCUAAAAGGUGCAAGUGUUGGUUUAGCCCAAUUUUUCACGCCGCGAUGGGAAAUUCUGGCAGAUCCUGUGGUUUGGUUGGAAGCGGGAACGCAAAUUUUCUUCUCGCUUGGACUCGCAUUCGGAGGUUUAAUCGCCUUUUCUUCAUAUAAUCCUGCCAAUAACAAUUGCUACAGAGAUGCAAUCAUCGUUUCCUUAACAAAUUGCGGAACUUCAGUGUUUGCAGGUACAGUUGUGUUCUCCGUAAUUGGAUUCAAAGCGACAAAAACUCACGAAGCUUGCUUGGAGGAACGAAAUGAGAUGGUUGCGAGUAACAGCACGAGUCUUUUGCCGGAAUGUGAUUUGCAGAAGGAGCUUGCGAAUAGCGCCGCGGGAACUGGAUUGGCAUUCAUCAUAUUCACAGAAGCCAUCAACCAAUUUCCGGGAUCGAAUUUUUGGGCAAUUUUAUUCUUCUUGAUGCUUUUCACGUUGGGCAUUGACUCCCAAUUUGGCACGUUAGAAGGUGUUGUGACGUCUCUUAUGGACAUGAAAUUGUUCCCAACUUUACCAAAAGAAGCGAUUAUUGGAGGAUUAUCGCUGUCAUGCUGUGUGUUGUCGAUGGUGUUUGCACAUGGCGCGGGCAGUUAUAUAUUCCAACUGAUGGACAGUUUUGCUGGAAACUACACGUUACUCAUCAUUGCGUUCUUUGAAUGUAUCGGAGUGAGCUAUAUUUACGGGAUUAAAAGAUUUUCCGACGACAUUGAACUCAUGACAGGCUCCCGCCCUCGCCUCUACUGGCUCCUAUGUUGGAAAUACAUAUCCCCAAUCGCCAUGUUAACUAUUCUCACGGCCUCCUUUAUCCAGUUGGCGCACGAAGGAAGUUACUAUCCCGCAUGGGAUGCCAUCACAGGCACAACAAAACGCAUGGAAUGGCCUCAUUGGUGCAUCGUUCUCGCAAUUAUCCUCAUUUUUGGCUCGAUCAUGUGGAUUCCCGUCGUUGCCAUUUGUCGCUUGAUCGGCAUCACAAUUGUCGAUGAUACGGAGCCUGCUUGGUUCCCCGUUGCCGAGUUACGAGAAGCACAUGGCUUGCAUCCGCACGAACCCACGGAACUGGAAAAAAUGCUGUUCUGCAUUCAGGCUGACGGAUCCGAAGGUAUGUGUUGCCCGACGUUUGGGGGUCCACGCGAGGAAACGUUAGAUGACGACGACUAGCUAGAAGUGUUCUAAACUAGUUACAAUACCCUGCUAGCCGCUACUGCUGAACUCCUUUAAGUCGUUAGAGACACAAAAAAAAAUGUAGGGCAUCGCUAGUUUAGAACAUAUCAUUGCUGCAAAAACGCUCCUUUAGAGGAAAAAAAUUGAAAAAAAAAAUCAUCUAGAUAGAAUUUUAUUGAGAACAGUGGAAAACUUUAAACCGUCUUGUCUUGUUAUGAAAAAAAUAAAAAAAAAAUUAAAAUAUGUAUAAAUUUAACAUAUAAA